GGACGGAUGGAAUAGACCGGUCAAGGUUUAAUGUUGAAUAAAGGGGAUGUGCUUGUUUUCUUUUGCCAGGGAACUUAAAAAGAAGAGGCUGUCAAGAUGCCUGAGACUGGCAGCGCAUCAGUUGUUCCCAAGAAGGGCCUGACACUCGAUGACCUCAUCGCGGCCAUCGACCGACAUGAAAGGAACCCGAGUAACAUCCCAAAGGUCAAUACUUUCCAUUUCUGUGGGGAGAGAGUCUCAGAAUGGCUAGAGCGGGUGGAACAAGCUUUGGUCGGGCGGCCGGAUGUUGUAAAGUUUCAACGCAUCCUUCAGUAUGUCCUCCAUAGCUACUAUCAGGAGGUGAAGAAAAUCAUAGAUGCGGCUCAAGGUAGCUGGGAGAGGUUCAAGGAGGGGAUGCAGAGGAAAUACCGCCUGGGAGACGGGUUGUUGACUACUACGGACCUUGAAGCGAUGAACAAAGAGGAUUUUACGACUAUAGGGGCCUUUGUUCAAGAAUUUAAGAAGAGGGCGCGGAAGGUCCAUGGGAUUUCGGAGGAAGCACAGUGCGCCAUCUUCCUGGGGCUACUCACAGCAUCGGAGACCGUCGAAUUGACGAGACAUGGAGGAUGUAGCACUAAGCUCACCUGGACCACCAUUGACAGAGGGGUGGAAGUUGGGUGUUUGGACCAGGUGGAACAACAUCAGGUACGCCUGCAAAGACAGAAAAGAAAGGAAAGAGAUGCGACCGCUUAUGGGACCCCAGGAGUAACAAGGAUUGUUACAGACGUAUUGGCACAGCUAGGGUAUGCGACAGAGCCGGUGGUGCAAAGGAGGGUGGUGAUGGCUGUUAAAGUAAAAGGAAAAGAGUCAGUGAUAGAGGAGGCUGGUCAGGAGGAGCUCUGGGAAGAGGAAGAGCCCGUGCCGCAGCACCUGACGAAGGUCCAGCGCAAAGUGCGUAAUUUGGCGCAGGGCGGACAAGGAUCAGGAAAAGCGCAGGCGCAUCAGGCCCAGGUAGCAGCCCCUUUAAAUGUGGCGGCUCCAUCAUCUACUACGGGCCCCUCGCAAGGUGGGGCGCCCUCCUAUGGACAUUCACAGGGCAGUGUUGUAGGAGGUGGGAACCAGGGGCAGGGCAAUCAAUUCAGUGAAGGGAGGGGUGGAGGAAAGGGGCGAGGCAGGAAUGGCGGCGGAAGAGGAAGGCAAUGGAAUGGCCAAGGCCAGGGGUACCAAGGCCAAGGGAGUCAAGGCCAGGGGUACCAAGGCCAAGGGAGUCAAGGCCAGGGGUACCAAGGCCAAGGGAGUCAAGGCCAGGGGUACCAAGGCCAGGGCUAUCAAGGCCGAGGGGAUCAAGGAAGUCAGGGGUAUGGAAGACCCCGCUUUGACUGGAAGACGGUCAUCUGUCAACAUUGUGACCAGCAGGGCCACACUAUAAGGUUCUGUAAUAUAAGACGGGAAAACGAGAGAAGCGGACUGAUUUCCUCUACUAUGGAUGGGAAUAUCUACGAUCAGUUUGGGGAGGCCAUUGACAGAAGGCUUGGAGGGGUGAGGGCGGAAGCCCAGCGAAGGGCGGCAGCUGGGCCACCACCCCCUUCCAUGUUCAGGCUAUGGCAGGAAAAGGAGAAACCACCGUUUGGGGUGGAAGAAGUGGGGAGCGAUGAGGAAGUGACUCAAGGGCUGCGAGGAGGAAGUGAGACGGAAGAGGCCAUAAUCAUUGAGUCAGAUGACGGGAAUGAGGAGGAAAGAACGGAGCCUUUGUCCGUCUUAUUUGAGAAGAUGGAGGACUUGCUGGAUAAGAUGGGGAGGUACCAACAGGAGUUGGUAGGCCUCUGUGAAGGAGUGAAAGAAUGGAAGUCUAAUGUCCCCACAGUAUUCCUCUAUGACUCCGGCCCGGAGUCAGCGCCUGGGCGACCCGGAGUAAAUGUGGUGGGGUCGUGCGCUCAACCAGGAAUGAGGGGGAGACCCCUCACUCCGCAGGCCCGGCUGGCACAGGCAGCGCGAACGAGAAAUCAAGCCAAGGCUAGUACCAGCCAAGAGCCUCCAAGGGGAAAACACGAACCAGGGAGAAGGAAAGAGGCUGUGGAAGUAGAGGACGACGAUGAUGAAGAGGAAGAGGACGAGAGGCUGCGCGGAGAAGAGGAUCAGAGAGCGGAGCAGCGGGCAAGGAAAAAGGGAACCAGGGGAGAGGCCGAACCGGUCAUACAUGACGGACCGCCCAAAAAGAAGAAAUACGCGGUCCGGUUGGAAGAGGGAUUUGAUGUAGAGAAGGUGAUUGACUGGCUGCUGGAAGGGCAUAAUGACCUCAUGACCCUGAAGGAAAUCCUAGCGUCAGCCCCGCGACUCCGCGAUGAAGUAAAGGGGAGGUUAUCAUGGCGCCUGGUGCCCAAUGUCCAUUUGGGUACGAUCCUGCCCAAGGAGGCAGAGUGGGCAGAGUCAGAGAGGAACUACUCUCAGUUCAAGAGGGAGACCCUUGCUGUCCUCUUCUGUCUGCGAAUCUUCCGGAAUUAUGUCUUCGGCAGAAGAUUUAUUUUGAGAGUGGAUCCGACCGCCCUGGCCUACUCUCUAAGGAAUUACGCUCCAUCGGAUCCGACGAUUGCCAGAUGGCUGACGUACAUAUGGAUGUUCAAUUUCGAAUUAGAACGGAUUCCUGGUAGUAAGAACCGGGCUGACGGACUGAGUCGGAUCAACUGGGAUAAGCAGGAAGGGGAGGCGGUGGAGAAUACGCCCCCAGUUGAUGGAUUUCUGGAUCAGGAAGAAGAUAUUCGUCUCCAUAUCAAUAAGUGGUCGCCGCGAGUGCCCAGCUGUGUAGGCUAUCCUAUUUGGCAAGCGCCGAGCAGAUAUGAAAGGAGGACCGAGCUGGUUCUCAAACCCUUUAAAGAAGAGGAUCCCUGGGGCGGUAAGGAUGUUCCGUGGAUGAUGGAAUUAGCGCUGGCCAGCUCGCAUAGCCUGGUGGAGGAUAUGAGGACGAUUGAGGAAGGACCUGACCAGGUAGAACGGCAUGGGGACCUGAUGGGAGGAAUGUAUCUCCUCGUCAAUACGUUAUUGCAGAAAAGCCUAGACCAGUCAGGCUCGUUGAACCCGGCAGGGAAUGUGGACGAAAUACCCGAGAGUCAGGAUGACGAGUUCGAAGAAGGGGAAAUUAAGGAAACUUUUCGUGCAGAGGAGUACGACGGGAUCUACCUAGAGUUGGGGCUUCUUCUGUCAUGUGAAAUGCGACUAAGAGAUGCGAGCGAUAAGGCUCAAAGGAUGCUGCAGCGAUACUUAGUGCGAGACGGUCACCUUUUCGUGAGAAGGGAAGUGGGGAAUCUUAGGAGAGUCGUCUGCGGUAGGAAUCGUCAGAUCGACGUCGUAGCAGCGCUUUACGAUGGUAUUGCAGGAGGACAUCGAGGGGUACAAGCCACGUAUGCCAAGAUAAGUGAGUUGUACUACUGGGAUGGGAUGAUGGAUAUGGUCGGAAAGUUCUGCCGAUCUUGCGUACCUUGCCAGGAAAGAUCCCGUUUGAGGCAAGGAGAGCCGCUGCAUCCCAGGCUAGAGCGAGAGGUGGAGGCUGUAGUGCAUCUCGAUCUACUUUUUAUGCCACUUGGGGAUCAAGGCUAUAACUAUAUCUUCGAUGCGUGCGAUAACCUGUCUGGGUUCGUAGACGGGCGUGCUAUUCGCACAAAGACCGGGUCAGUCCUGGUGAGCUGCAUCGAGGAGUACUACCUGCGUUAUCCUUUCGUUAGGGAAUUCGUAAUGGAUAAGGGAUCAGAAUUUACCUGCCAAGAGGUGCAAGAACUGUUAUCAAGGUCUGAAUUUACGAAGACAGCCAUGCCAAGAGGAGGGAAGGGGACACGGCCGCCUCAGAGGCCAUUGGGCGCAUCAGGAGGAUAUGAGGGGCAUGGGCCUCGCCAUCGAGAGAGUACUCCAGUCUACAAUGAUGGGGACAUCGAGCUAUUCCUGGACAGUUUCUGGGAGCAUGCGAGGCGUAURGGCUGGACCGUCRCUCAGGCGAUUGAGAGAUUGAGGGGAGCAGGUAGGUUCGAAGAGCCCAUUGCCAGGAUUCGUAGGGAGGCGACGACGAGGCAGGAGGUGGAGAUAAGGAUGGAGGAGUUGCGACCCUCGCCUGUGGGACCUGAUGGCAGACCGAUCCGCCUGGAGAUUGGAAAUGCGCCGGACUUCAUUCCCGCGUUUGAGUGGUUCAUGCAAGAGCAGGGCAUACCGAGAGAUGAUUGGAUGCAGACGCUACCACUCUGGACCAGGAAGGCGGAAAGGCCACUAGUUAUGCAGAUCAGGGACAUGGCACGAGAUUGGGAGAGCUGCAGGGCACAUUUGAGAGAGGCCUUUCGACGGCCAGAGCUCCCUCAGCCCAGAGUCGAGAGGCGGCAGAGGAGUCAAAGACCAAGGGACCCUGAGCCCAGGGAGGCGAGACCAUCUCGAGGAGGACGGAAGGCCCUAGCCAGGAGAGAGCAGGAGCCAAAGGAUGAGGAGCGGGGGCCAUACCCUGAGUGUGGAUUGGGACCAGUGGAGUUCCAUCGUUUUACCGAGGGUGGAUUGAGGAGAUCGCCAGCACACACACAGGGGGAGCCACCAGCGUCAGAGGGGCCCUUGAGGGAAUUGCAGAUGCAUUUAGAUAUUUCUCGGUGGAGGGCGUCACUUCAGGGUGAGGGGCAUGGAGAGCAGGCAGAGAAGGUGUCACGAGAGGAGGUGCCACGAGAGGAGGUACCACAGGAGGAGAUACCACGAGAGGAGAUGCCACGGGAGGAGGUACCACAGGAAGAGGUCCGGGGUACCCAGCGAGAGAGAGGGAUGGGCGAUGAGGGGAGACGUGCAGGGAAGGAAGUGAUAGAGGUUGGAGAGGACACGCCCCCACAGACGCCAGCAGUGGGUUUGAGACUCGGGGAUGCACCAGGGAGCACCCGACAGGCAAAGGAGGGGUUGCAGAGAGAGGAGACCCCUUUACCUUCGUCAGAAAAGGCUCCUUCGCCAGAAGGGAGGGCAGAAAGGAGGAGAGAGAGGGCAGCUGUAAGGAGAGAAACUUUGAUCCUGAUUGAUAGGCAACUAGCAGUUCAUGCCCUGGAGCACCCAGACCUGGAGGAGCCAGCACCUGCAGAGCCACGCCAGGAGUCAUGCCAACCUGAGAAGGAGAUGGAAGCAAAAAUCCCAAAGAGGAUCGACCUCCGCACGAGGGAAAGGGUGUCAGCUGGAGAGACGGCUGAAGAAAAGAGGGCGAGACGAACCAGGCGGAUAGAUGAGAUAUGGCAGGAGAGGCAGAGGUCGGAGGCAGCGGGGGAACUCCCGGAGCAGCAGCAGGAGAGGCAGAGAUCGGAAGCAGCAAGAGCACUCCCGGGUCAGCCACCUAGCGCGCCAGCCAAGGCCCCGGAGAUUCCUGAGAUGUGGAGAGACUUCUGGGAGCAGAGAGGAGAGGAGCUUCCAUCGCCAGUCAGAGCCAGGUUUGGGGUGGCCAAGAAGGUGGAAGAAAGGUUAGAUCGUAAAAUCAAGUUCCUGGCCAAGACCACUUUUGACCGGCACUUGUUAUUGGAGGGUGAUCUUGCGGGGAAGAAAAUGAAGGAAGUCAGCCAUGAAGUACGUCUGGAGGCUAUGGAGAUGGAAAUUCAGGAACUUAGGGCUUUGGUGGUCAGCCAGGCAACUAUCAUUGAGAGCCUGAGGCAGCAAACCCAGGGAAAGGUGGACAAACCAGAGAGCAGCCGACAGGGAGAGCAGAGGCAGCUGGGACAGGGAUUGCCAGGACAGCCAUCUGCGACAGAGCCUCGCCAGGAGCCACCUAUGGGGAGGGUUAUCCUGGAGUCAGAGGAGGCGAGAGCACAGAGACAGGUGGAGAGAGAGGCGUUCGAGUUCAGAGCCCCUACCGAGCUCGCGACACUGCCAGUAGCAGCGGCGGGCCCAGUCAUACCUUUGGCAGUAGAGGAGGGGCUGCCACCAUCUAGCAGUGAGCCGGCUCAGGACUCAGUAGAGGAAUCCAUUGGCGUGCUCCUUGAGGCGGUGCAUACUAUGCAGGAGGAGGUGAGUUUGUUUUCACCUGAGCAGAGGAUAGAGGAGCCUCUUGAGAGAGAGAUGGGGACUGAGGAGGAGGGUGCCAUCAAGGGCGGACUCCAGAGGAUAGGCACACCUGAGUAUGGACCAGAGGAGAUUUAGGAGCAGCCCACGGCAGUGCCAGAGGCGA